UUUAUAUUAUUUUAGUUUUUUAUUUAGUUUUAUUUUAUGGAUUGAAUCAAAUCGGAUUGGAUUUGAUAAUUGAUUAUUCUAACCAAACAGAUCGAAUCACAAAUACCUCCAGAAAUUGAGAUAUACGAUUUGUGCCCACUUCUAGGCUCUAGUACUUAUAAACCACACACCUGUUUACUAAAUAUUCGUUCAGAUUCGAAUAAGAACUAAAACUUGAAUUAAGAACCAAAAUUCUGUUGCAGAUGCUUUGGCUAAAUCUGCCUUGUAUGCUUUGAACUCUUAGUUUUCUCUUAAGUAAUGAAAUGCUUGGUUGAGAAAAAAAAAGAACUAAAACUUGAAAUGCCGUAUAAAUAAAUUCGUUCAGGUAUUUAUGGCGAAUCCAAUUUGGUUCAUAUUUUACUUUUUAAGUCGGUUUGGUUAAGACUUUUUGGUUUUGUUUUUGUCGACCCCCUUGCAAGUGUAUCAAAAUAGGCUUUAAUACGAUGUAACUCGAUUCACUAGAUUUCUAACUCCUUUCCUUACAUUUUAAGAAAAAGAAUUACUGAGGGACAAAGCCUGAUACAUGCGUAUCCACUUCCAAAUUUAGCCAAUAAAGCUCUGCCAAAUCAGCAUUUGGAUUUUUAAAUGACGAGUUUACUGUUUAAAGCAGUAGCUUUCCCGUAUUGGAUAGGGAAGCUUAAUAUAAAUUAAAUGUCGAGAAAUGUUUUCUCGGGAAAUAAAUAUUUUCUAAAUGUAAAAAAUAUUUGUAAAGUGAGAUCUAAGCUUUGGAAGCAGAACAAGCUCUUUGUCCAAAAAGAAAAAGAACAAGCUCUAUUCUUCUUCGUCUUCGUCUUCUUCUUCUUCUUCUUCUCUAUCUAAACACUUUCACCGAUUCUUCUCCCCCCCCCCUCCCGGGAAGAUAAUGUUUUCAUCCUCUUUGUGCUCACUUGUACAGUAACACUCCCUUCUUCUCUAGAUCUACUUAUAAACUGAUACCAUCGAAAAGUCUCCGGCAAGAUUGACUUUCAUCUUCUAAGUAAUCUCUGUGUACGAACAUGCAACAUAGAUCCAUUUUAUAUCGUGCCAUUCAACAUCUUUUCAAAAGAGAAUAAUGAUGAAUCACUUGAGAGUCGAGACAGAGGAUACCUUCUCAAGCCUCCUCGAGCUAGCAGCGAACAACGACGUGGAAGGUGUAAGGCUAUCUAUAGACAGAGACCCUUCUUGUGUAGACGAGCCUGGUCUCUGGUACGGUCGUCAAAAAGGCUCUAAAUCCAUCAUGGUCAACGAUCUGAGGACGCCCUUGAUGGUCGCUGCUACUUACGGAAGCCUUGAUGUGAUCAAGGCUAUUCUCCCUUUGACUAACGUGAACCGAGCUUGCGGGAACGAUCAGACCACCGCGCUACACUGCGCCGCCUCUGGUGGAGCUGUUAACGCUGUGCAAGUGGUUAAGCUGCUUCUCGCAGCUGGAGCUGACUUGGAUGCUUUGGAUGGUGAUGGUCAACGAGCUGGUGAUGUUAUUGUUGUUCCUCCUAAGCUUGAAGGUGUGAAGGUGAUGCUUCAGGAGCUGCUUCUCUCCUCAUCUGCUUCUCACUCUUCUCCUACUGAGUUCAAGAAAGAGUAUCCUGUUCUUGAUCCGUCUUUGCCUGACAUCAAGAACUGUAUCUACGCUACUGAUGAGUUUAGAAUGUAUUCGUUUAAAGUCAGGCCUUGCUCACGUGCCUACUCUCAUGAUUGGACCGAGUGUCCUUUCGUCCACCCUGGCGAAAACGCGAGGAGGAGAGACCCGAGGAAGUUUCAUUACAGCUGUGUCCCAUGUCCUGAUUUCAAGAGAGGAGAUUGCAGACGAGGAGACAUGUGCGAGUACGCGCACGGCGUGUUUGAAUGCUGGCUUCAUCCAGCUCAGUACCGUACGCGUCUUUGCAAAGAUGGAACGGGAUGCGCUCGUCGCGUUUGUUUCUUCGCGCAUACGCCUGAUGAGCUUCGACCGUUGUACUCAUCCACCGGUUCGGCUGUUCAUUCCCCUCGGUCGGGUGCUGAGUUUGCGGCGGGGCUGAGUCCCAUGUCUCCUCUCUCGCCAUCAUCCUCGGCUAUGUCGUGGCCGCAUCCGAGUGUUCCUGCUUUGCAUUUGCCUGGAAGCAAUCUACAGUCGAGCAGGCUGAGAGCUUCUCUCAAUGCGAGAGAUGUGUUGUCGGAUUACGAGCAGGAGCAGCUCCUCAACGAGUUUUCAAACUCAUUAAGUUGGUCUGGUCGGAUGAAGACAUUGCCUCAUUCGAAUCUUGAAGAUCUUUUCUCACCUGAAGGCGGCUCUUCAUCUCCUAGGUUUACUGACUCAGCUGUUUUCUCGCCGACACACAAGUCAGCUGUCUUCAACCAGUUCCACCAGCAGCAACAGAGCAUGUUGUCUUCACCAAAGAGCGUGGACCACUCUUUGUUUUCAGGAGGAGGAAGGAUGUCGCCUCGGAACGUGGUUGAGCCAAUCUCGCCAAUGAGUUCUCGUGUUUCCAUGUUGGCUCAGCAACAGCAGCAUCGGUUCCGUAGCCUUAGCUCCAGGGAGCUUAGAUCAAACACAAGUCCUGUUGUUGGUUCACCGGUUAACAACAGCUCGUGGUGGGGUUCUUCAAAUGGUGAACCGGAUUGGGGGAUGAGCUCAGAGGAGGCACUUGGUAAUUUAAGAUCAUCUUCAUCGUUGUUUGAUGGUGAUGAUGAGCCUGAUGUGUCAUGGGUGCAGUCAUUAGUGAAGGAGUCUACUCCAAACGAGGGCAAAGAGAACUCAAAGAAACCAACAACGGUUGAAGUAGUAACUGACAAUGCAGGGCUUGAAGCUUGGAUUGAGCAAAUGCAGCUCGAUCAGCUCAUACCUCAGCAUAACUGAGAGACUAUAGACCAAUGAAGCACAUUUUUUUUAAUGGUCUUGGUCUGUCUGUCUCUCUUUGUGGUAGAUAUAAUAACCUCUUUUCGCAGGUGGUGGUUGUAAAAGGGUAACAAGGAAGGAAAGAGGUUGAAGUUUUCAUUGUUUUUGAUUUAUUAGUUUUCGCAUUAGUUAAAGGAAACAAAACAAGAAAAAGGCUUAUGGGAAGGGAGGAGAAAGAAAAAAAAAGACCUUAUUUUUCAUUUUUCUUUUUGAAUUUCUUUCUCACAUUAUCAUGAUUACUAGUAUCAUUUUAUGAUUGUUUGCUAUGAGGGGACCCUGAAAUGAAAUUCUGUAAUCUUUAAUCUUUAGGUUCUCUCUUUCCCUUUUGUAUUUAUUUUUUUUCAUCAAAAACUACAUUAUAUUAAGUUAUUGGAAAAUAUGUUUUUAUAAUAAAUCUCUUUUAAGUAAGUUCUUCUCAUCUGUCAAUCUUGAAACAGAUCAAUCACAUGUUUUCAUUUUUAAAUGCUUAGGAAUCUGUAUAGAGUUGGUGGCAUGGUGGGUUAAUAUAAUAAGAAAAAAUUACACUUCAAUAUACUUUAUCUAUAUUUUAUAUCAUUCCAGAAUAUUUUCUCCAUGUCAAAAAUUUUCUUGUGUCAAUAUCUAAAUUACCUCCAAAACUUGAUUUAGAAUAGUUAUCUCUCUGUUCUCCUUUCGUGAUCUCACUUUUCAUUAUCCUCAUUUUCUCAGUUUCUUCUAACUCUAAACGUCGACGAUUUGUCAUCUUUCACUGUCACAAACCAAAAAUCACAGUCACUAUAUGGCGUUAGAGGUGUCAAGUAAACCAAGUCUAGUAUUAGCACUACGAUCGUGUUUAUUUUCUUUAUGUUCACCUUGCAUUUUGAUAUUGUGUAUUGUGAUGUUUAAGAGAGCAAAUAGAUCUGGGAAGAGAAUAAAAUAGUUGAUAGUCGGCACUUUUCAGUGAUCGACUUUCGGUGCAUAUGUUUGUUCCUAAGUAAUUUUCGUUAUCACCUUUUAUAUUUCCAUUAAUAUUAAAUUCACCGAACGGUUUGCGGUGAUGCGAUCAUCAAACACAGAGCACAAAACUUAUACGGGGUAUCUUAUUCGAGAUAACAGCAAAACUAUUCAGAAUAUUAUGACAUAUCAAAAUCCUACGUUGGAAAUUAGACAAAACAAAGUUUAAUAUAUAAAUAGAUGUAUAACUCUAAUUAAUACAAAACUUUUUAUAAGCCAAACAAAAAAAUAAAGUCAUAUGAAUUUGCCUAAAGUCCAAAGUGGACAAUAUCAUACUAAUCAAACAAUAUAGAAUUGAACAUGAAUUUAAUAAAUCCAACAUUGAUAUCAGAACUAAGUUUGACGAAGAUCCGCAAGAAAACCAAAAUACAGUGGCAGAAACUAGCCAGAAGAUCAAUAGAGCAUGAAAAAAAAGAAUGAGAGAUAUCAAACAAAGUCUCACACUGAAAAUUAAACAAAAGAAAGUCUAAUAUAUAAAGAUAUAUCUAACUUAAUUAGUACGAAAUCUUUUAUGAAGAAAAUCAAAAGUAAAACCAUGCAGGUUUGUUUAAAGCCCAAAAUAAACAAUAUAGAAUUGGACAUAAACUUAAUAAAUUCCAACAAAUAUAUUUUAUAUAUACAAAAUUUACUAUUUUAUGAUUUUUGAGAAUGUAUUCAUCAAAAGAAGCUUAAAUAUAAGCUAAUUCAUUCGUUCUUCCCUUUCUGACCAUUUGAACAUACAAAAACUAUAUUGCUUAGUGGGCUUUCUCUUUAGAGAGGUCAUUAGAUGAGAAAACGAAGACACUAAACCUCACAAGAUCCAUGCGAUCCUUGUAAAACAUUCAAACUAAUUUAAAGAACCAAGAUAAAUUCCACUCAAACUUUCCCACGUAAAACAUGAUUGUUUUUAAAUCUCAUGCGAAUAAAUUAUGUGGAUUAAGUGAAGUUCUUUUCCCAUAUGAAUUAGUAUAGAUUUUUUUUUUUUAGUAUAGAAUUAGCAUAAAGCGAUUUCUAUUUGGGAGCCAUUAGUAACCUAAAAAACAUAGUUCUCCACAUUCUAUGCAUGCCAAAAAAAACAGCCUAUGAGGAAGGAAACAACAUAGCGAAAUGGAAUUGAAAAUGCUCUCGGAUAUUUAUAUCCUAUUAAAAAAGACAUAGUUAUCCACAUUCUAUGCAUGCCAAGCGGCCAAGCCUGCUAUCUUGGAUACAAUACCUCUAUUACGAUAACUGAAACAAGAUAUAUGAUCAGAACACAAAUGUAUAUAAUCAUGCGAAAAGAAGAAACUGAAUUUUAAAUUUUGCAUGUGCAGACCAAUAACUCUAAAAAGGUAUUAGGAUCAACGAAAACUAAGUACAUGUACAUAUACUAUAUAAAAUAUUAUAGCACAACGUUAAAAUCCUAAUUUACAACAUUUCAGUUCCCAGUCGUCCAAUAUGCUAAUUUUGGUUAAUAGUAUGCUAUAUAUUAUUUUAUUUUUAUUUAGUGCCGUUUUCAAAAAUAAGAAGUAUCCUUAUUUUGUUUAAAAGUUCGUAAAUAAACUAAAUAGAGUUUCUAACUUAGAAAUAAACUUUUGACCCGGUAAAAAUAUGGAUGGAAACGCUUAAAUAACUCAAAGCCACAAAAUGAACCACAAAUUCAACGGCUAUCAGUAUACUUACAUUACAUUAUUGAUGUAAUUUCCAAAUAAGUUUGUUAGAAAUGGGUACCUAAAAUAAACAUCCCUAAAAAUAACUUAACUACCUCCCGUAUAAAUCCACUUGAUCACCAUCCAAUUCUCUUCAGACCUGCAAGAAACAAAAAAAAAAAGCAACAAAACUACCACUAAAAAAAAAGAAAAAAACCUUUCAGGUCUCAACUAGAAAUGGAGAUGAAGAAGAUUGCCUGUGGAGUUCUUUUCGCUGCUGCUUCCAUGACCACCGUCAUGGCCACAGAGGUUGGAGCUCCGGCACCAGGACCUGCCGCAAGUGGAGCCUCCGUAGCCGUACCGGCUCUUGGCUCUUUGGUUGGAGCUUCCCUUGUGUCUCUCUUCACCUACUACUUAAACUAAUAAGGUUAUACAAAAAAAAAAACAAUUGAUGUUUCUAUCAAUUUAUACUAUGUCACGGUUUUGUACGUGUAGGCAAAGUGAAUAAGACGGAAGACGAAAUAA